AUGUCUUUUAACGAUCAUCAACAACAUGGUCACUCACAUGGAGGAGGCCCAGGUGCAAUCCAUGGAGGAGGCCAUAAUCAUGCCCAACAUCAACCACAACAACAACAACAACAACAUGGUCAUUCACACGGAGGAAGUAGUGGUGGAGGUCAUGGCCACAACCACAACAACAACAACAACAACAAUGGAGCAGAUCAACAGCAUCAACAUGUGUUUGGUGGCAUGCCCGAGGUGAUCCCACAUCUUCAGAUAUUGACGCCAAACAUCUUGGAGAAGACGCCUGCAAUGUUGCGUGAGCAGUAUAUGAUGGUAUUGGAGAAGUAUGCCAAUCAGCAGGUGGCCCAGUCAGAGUACCCCUGGAGCGGCCCACUGCCCUACUCCACCGUGUUGAUGGCGCUCGAGGUCGCCAAGCAGGGCGACAUCAAGGACUUCCAGACGCUGGUCGACCGCUCAAACAUCUCGACGCGCACCUUUGUCAACAUGACCGACACGACGGGCAACACCGCGCUGCACUUUGCCGUGCUCAAGAAGCAGGACUCCUUUGUCCAGUACCUCAUCGACAAUGGCGCGUUGCUCGACGUCGAGAACCACGACGAGGGCCAGACGCCCCUGCAUUGGUCGUGCAUCUCUACUGAAGCCAGCAUCGUCUAUCGCCUGGUCGAGGCCGGCGCUGACGUUCACAAACUAGAUAAGCGUGGCUACAACGCAUUGAUGCACGCUGCACAGUACAACAACAUCAAUGCCGUGCGCUACCUUGUGGAGCGCGGCGCCAAUCUGCACUCGACAGACUCGAUGGGACACACCGCGUUGCACUGGGCCUGCUACCAGGGCCACGCAAGCAUGGGCCGCUACUUCAUCUUUAAGGGUGUCGACAUCAAUUGCAUCGAUGAUCAAGGUCGUACGCCGCUGCACUGGGCAUGUCACAAGGGUCACAAGUCCGUAGUUGCCAUGCUGACCACUCUCAAGGCCAACCGCUUCAUUCGCGACAAAGAAGGCAACACGCCCUCAGACCUCGCACGCCUCAAAGACUUCAAAGAGAUCACCGACUUUAUCAAGUCCAAAGACAUUGAUGAGCGUUUCAAAUCGAUGAAACACUACAAUUACAUGUGGAUUGGUGCAGGUAUCAUGACUUUGAUGUUGCCCAUCGCGUUUAUGUGUUGGUUGCCAUUCUGGAUGGCCGUGCCAGCCAUUGGCCUCGUGGGCUACUUUGCCUACUAUUCAAUGCUGGCCAACUAUUGGAUACCCGAGUACAACAACACGUACAAUCCAACGAUAUUGUUCAUAUCCAAUGUCAUCUGGUACGUGCUGUACGUCGUGCAGCUGGCGCCGGGCACGCUCGAGGACAACAUCGUGCCACACCUGUUGAUCAACGUGCAGAUGUGGUUCUUCUUCUACUUCUUCCUCAAGCUGGUGUUCAUGGACGCGGGCGCCGUGUCCCGUUUCCACACGGAAGAGUCGUCGACGCGUCAGUUCAUGUCGGCACUCGAGCAGAACAAGCCAUUGCCCAUAAUCUGUCCAACAUGUCUGAUCAACAGGCCCGUGCGAUCCAAGCACUGUCCCUCAUGUAACCAAUGCAAUGCAAAAUUCGAUCAUCACUGCAUCUGGAUCAACAACUGUGUGGCAGCCAACAACCAGACACUAUUCAUCAUACUCAUCUUUAACUAUGUCCUCUUGGUCAUCUCUGGCUGUAUAAUCACUCUUACAUACUACGCGAAUGACCCAGAGGCAGUAUUGUGGAGUGAUGGACGUUUGGCUUGGAUUCAGUACAACUAUAUCAAUCAUACAGCGACGUUCUUCUUCUUGGUCUACGGACCAAUAUUGGCAUUCUGGAUUGGUAAACUUGGACUGUCACAGAUCAUUUCGAUCGUGUUCAACAAGACAACGUACGAACAGAUACAGGAACGUCGUGAGUACGGCCUGCAUGGUCACUCGCACGGUGGCGCCAACGAUGACAAACCAAUGGAGAGUCAACGUGAGAAGGAGGGUCAGUUCACUUGGCAGUACGUGGAUUUCAACGCCUACAAUCAGGGCAAGAUGAACAAUGUCAAGGAGUUCCUAUUCGAGAACAACAAAUACUACAACAUGUUCAACAUACCAAUACGAGGCGACGAUGGCUAUGACACAAGCAACAGCAGUGUCAACAAUCACCAGUCAACAAGCAUUGUCUAG